UUUGACGGAGUUACUUUUCCUUAGUUUUUAUUAUUCGUAGGCCACAGAAAGUUUAAUUCAUUAUUCAACAGUACCGAAUGAAUUAAAACUAUUGAAAAAAUGUUAUUAAAUGCAGUAGGUCAUUGUUCUUUACCUAUAAAUAAUAAAAAUAACCGUAAACGAUGAGUGCUCUCGUCCAGAAAUACAGAAACAUGGUACUGGUUGGUUUAUUCUUUUUUUAUUUGGGAUGUGUUAUUACUUUAAACUUUGUAAAUACUGAAUGUCCAGCCUCCAGUACAACUGGGAUAUUGGAGUCAACCGUCAAUACAGAGGUUGAGUACAUUGUACUAGUUUUGAGUGGCCCUCAAAACGAAGUAAAACGGGAUGCAAUAAGGUCGACCUGGGCCAAUUUUGUUGGUAAUAUUAUAACUGAGAAUAAUGUGAGAUUGUACAGGUGGAACCAUAGUUGGACUGAACCCAAGAAAGCCCAGAGUUUUGCAAAAAUUUUAUAUCCAAUAGGGGUACAAGGAUUAUCAGAGAAUCAACUUAAAAAGAUAAGCAAUGAAAAUAGUAGGUCCAAAGAUUUAAUAUUAUUAGAGAACCUUCAUGAUUCCUAUGAGAAUUUAGCCAGAAAGGUCAUAGAAUCGAUGAUAUGGUUGAAUAAUAAUUACAAGAAUUUGAAAUAUGUAUUAAAAUGUGAUGAUGACUCAUUUGUGAGGGUUGACUUGAUUAUAAAAGAUUUAGAAGCAUUUGCACCACAAAUGAAUGCUCCAGAAAUUAGUACUUAUGUGACUCAGAAAAAUGUUGAGAGCUUUUUCUACAAAGGACUGUACUGGGGAUAUUUUGAUGGUAGAGCGAGAGUUUUUCUGAAUGGUAAAUGGGAGGAAAAGGACUGGUUUCUGUGUGACACCUACCUCCCAUAUGCUUUAGGAGGUGGCUAUGUCAUAUCACAGAGCAUUGUCAAAUACAUUGCCAGAAAUCAUGAUCUACUCAGUGUGUAUCAUUCUGAGGACGUCUCAAUGGGUGUUUGGACUGCGGCUUUAGAUGGUAUCAACAGAGUCCACGAUGUGAGGUUUGAUACCGAGUGGAAAUCUCGUGGUUGUGACACAAACAUGCUUGUACGACACAAGCAAACUCCGACUGACAUGUUUGAAAUGUACAGGACGUUGGUUUAUUCGCACGGCAAGAAACUUUGUAAGACUGAAAAUAAAUUAAGAAAAUCAUAUCAAUAUAAUUGGAAUGUACUGCCUAGCAUGUGCUGUAAACAAAAUCAAGUAUAACACGGCCCGUAUUUUUGGUCAGUACUUAAGAUCGCGGUUCUCCAAUCACAGAGUUAGUUGGUAAUCUUGGUAGUCUUGGUAGUCUCAAGACGCGGUUCGGCUCUGUGAUUGGUCCAAAUUUUGACAGCC